AAAUAAUGGCCGCCUCAUUGAGGGCCCAAAAGAUCACCUUCUCUUCUUCAACCCUUCUUCGUAACAUCUGCCGAAAAAUCCCCAAUUCUCUGUCACUAAGGUCUCUUACUGCUAAUUUCUCCCCCAUUAUAUUCAAAACCCUCGUGUAUCCGUCCCAAGAUCGUGGUUUCUUCAACCCUCAACGUUCUUUUAUGGUUCGAGCAGAAUCUAAUAACGGCGAGGAACAUCGAGACUUCGAUUUUGAUCUUUUCACGAUUGGUGCUGGCAGCGGUGGUGUACGGGCGUCCCGUUUAGCUGCUAAUUACGGUGCUUCUGUUGCGAUCUGCGAGCUUCCCUUCUCUACUGUAGCAUCCGAUAAUGCCGGUGGUGUUGGUGGAACUUGUGUACUCCGGGGAUGUGUUCCAAAGAAAUUACUUGUGUAUGCAUCAAAGUAUUCCCAUGAUUUCGAAGAGAGCCAUGGCUUUGGAUGGAAGUAUGAAUCUGACCCUGAGCAUGAUUGGAGCACCAUGAUAGCCAACAAGAAUGCUGAGUUGCAGCGCCUUUCUGGAAUCUACCAGAACACUCUGAAAAAUACAGGGGUUACAUUAAUUGAAGGGCGUGGAAAGAUCGUGGACCCACACACUGUUGAUGUGGAUGGGAAGCUAUACACUGCAAGACAUAUUCUGAUUUCAGUUGGGGGACGACCCUUCAUUCCUGAUAUUCCUGGACGUGAAUAUGUUAUAGACUCUGAUAUGGCACUUGAUUUACCCUCGAAACCCAACAAUAUCGCAAUUGUUGGGGGCGGAUAUAUUGCUGUGGAAUUUGCUGGUAUUUUCAAUGGUUUGAAGAGUGAGGUCCAUAUAUUUAUUCGGCAGAAGAAAGUUUUAAGAGGAUUUGAUGAGGAGAUCAGAGAUUUUGUUUCUGAACAGAUGUCUCUAAGAGGAAUUGAGUUCCAUACAGGGGAAUCACCUCAGGCAGUCAUAAGAGCACCUGAUGGUUCACUCUCCCUGAAGACAAACAAAGGAACUGUUGAUGGUUUCUCACAUGUCAUGUUUGCAACAGGACGUAGACCUAACACAAAGAACUUAGGACUGGAAACAGUUGGGGUGAAAACGACUAAGAAUGGAGCUAUAGAGGUUGAUGAAUACUCCUGGACAUCAGUUCCUUCUAUUUGGGCUGUGGGUGAUGCUACAGGUAGGUUGAAUUUGACUCCAGUUGCAUUGAUGGAGGGAGGGGCAUUUGCAAAAACUGUAUUUGGGAAUGAACCCACAAAACCCGAUUAUAGUGCUGUACCAUCUGCUGUGUUUUCUCAGCCACCUAUUGGGCAAGUUGGUCUUACUGAAGAACAGGCUGUCCAAGAUUACGGCGACAUUGAUGUCUUCACAGCGUACUUCAGGCCCUUGAAGGCUACUCUCUCUGGACUCCCAGACAGGAUCUUCAUGAAACUCAUAGUCUGUGCUAAGACAAACAAAGUUCUAGGGUUGCACAUGUGUGGGGAAGAUUCACCAGAGAUUGUUCAGGGAUUUGCUGUUGCUAUGAAAGCUAGAUUAUCAAAGGCAGCCUUUGAUGCAACAGUGGGUAUCCAUCCUACAGUAGCAGAGGAACUUGUCACACUGAGGACUCCAGCCAGGAAGAUUCGAAAGAGCCCACCUGUUGAGUCCUUCUAGCUGCUACAACUCAUUCUUAACCACUUGUCUAUAAUUUUUGUUUUUUACUUCUGAAAUUCUGCUUCAGGGAAAGGCUGACGCUGAGUCGAAAGCAGCAGCAGAUGUUUAGGGUGUAAGAUCUCAUGGUAUGCCAGUACAUUUAGAAGCAGUCCUAGAGAUGCGUGACAUACAUACAAUGAUGAUAUGCUUUAA